UUUAUGCUUAUUGUUGCCUAAGCUGUGCGGGAUCCAGGUAAUGAGACGAUUGGUCGGCUAUGGGUCGGUUGUAAACAGUGUGUCACCACCGAGCCCGUGAGGGAGAAGCCGCUUUCUAGCCAGCAGGUGCCAAAACCAGAUUUCCAGGCAAGCAAUUGACUUGAGGACCAGAGUUGAGACACUGUUUAAAGGAACAUACAUUUCCACUGUCCCUGGAGAGGCUGCACUACAUUUUGCAGCAUUAAGAACCAUGAUCUUACACAUUGCUCAGUGAUUGCUUAUUAUAUGCAGGAAAUCAUUUAUGUCUGCCCCUAAUUAAUCACAGCAGGAAAGGCUUUGGUUGUAAAGAAAAACAUGGUGCCACUCAAGAUGCCGAUUCUAUCUAUGAAACACUUAUGCAGCGUGUUGACUAUUCACAUCUUCACUUUCAUGUAUUUUAUGCCAGUGGAAGCAGAUAUUAUUGCUAAUUCAUCUGAUAAUGUGUCCCGAACUUUUGAUGAUCUUCCAGCAAGUUUUGGAUACAGGCUUCCAAGUGAUGGACUUAAGGGUUUCUUAGUUACAUCAAAACCAGAGAAUGCUUGUGAGCCAAUAUCUCCUCCACCAAUGAUAGUAGACAAUACCUCCAGUGUCUACAUUGUUCUCAUCAGAAGAAUGGAUUGUACCUUUGACUUGAAGGUUUUGAAUGCUCAGAAGGCUGGCUAUAAGGCUGCUAUAAUAUACAACGUGGAUUCGGAUGAUCUUAUCUUAAUGGCAUCCAAUGAUUUUGAUAUUAAGAAGAAGAUUGACAUUCCAUCUGUGUUUAUCGGAGAAUCUUCAGCACAUGCUCUGAAGGAGGAGUUCACCUGGGACAAAGGUGGUCACGUCGUGUUAAUCCCUGAACUCAACCUUCCGCUGGAGUACUACCUAUUACCAUUCCUAAUCAUUGUGGGCAUCUGUCUGGUUUUAAUUGUCAUCUUUAUGAUUACAAAGUGUGUGCAAGACAGGCACAGGGAAAGAAGGUACAGGCUACGUAAGGACCAACUAAAGAAACUUCCAAUACAUAAAUAUAAGAAAGGUGAUGAAUAUGAUGUGUGUGCAGUUUGUCUGGAUGAGUAUGAAGAAGGAGACAAGCUCAGGAUUCUUCCUUGCUCACACGCCUAUCAUAGCAAGUGUGUGGACCCAUGGCUGACCAAGACAAAAAAGACAUGUCCUGUAUGCAAACAGAAGGUUGUGCCCUCCCAAGGUGAUUCAGAUUCUGAUUCAGACAGCAGCCAGGAAGAAAAUGAAAUCUCUGAAAAUACACCAUUAAUCCGGCCCAUGGCAUCUGUCAGCAGUCAGUCGUUUGGGGCCAUAUCUGAAUCUCACACCAUGCAAAAUGCAAUAGACUCAUCAGAUGAGGAUGAGGAUGAAGAGGACGAUGAAGAGGAUGAUGAUGAUGAAGCAGAUGACUGUGACAGCAGUGAGGAGGAGGAGCAGCAGAACACUGAAAGUGUUGUAGUUCAGCUACAACACAACAUGGAAAGAGAGCCACGAGAAAGGAAUACUGUGUGAUCCUAUUGGGAUACAGAUAAAAUAAUGUCUUUAAAGACUUAUUUUCUCCACAGACAGAUAUUUGUAUAAUACUUUAAAAGCCAUUUAUUAUUACUAUUGUUUUCAUUAUUAUAGGCAAAUGAAAUAGGUUUCAAUAUUUCCAAAUACAUCUUGCUUCAGUAUCUAACAGAGGAAUGCAAGCUCCAUACUAAACUGCUGAGGACACAAUGCUCCUUUUAAAUAAAUAAAUAUAUGUAUUUAAGUAUGAACUUUUAAUAAAAAAACAAAAAUAUGUAUAUUAUAAACGAUCUAGCAACAAAAUUAGGCCUGCAGUAAUUGCAUGAAGUUGCUUAUCCAUUCAGUUUAUAGUAAGCUUCUUAAACUCCUUCUGUUUCAUGGAAGGCUGAUUAGAGGUCAUAGUCACAAACCGAUAUAUAUAUAUAUAUAUAUAUAUAUAUAUCACGUGCACAUUAGUCUUUACCUGGAUUGCAUUAUAGGAUAUUCUAUGCUUGGAAUGAAUCCUAAAUGUGUUGCACACAACAAUGUUUUGGGUAGGUUACAUGACAAAAUAUAACCAGAGAUGGCUAACGUGGUUACAAAUACAAGCUCACAGAAGGUUUUAUAAGGAAUAGUGCAAGGCAUAAAAAUAGUUUAAAAUAAAAUGUUCUAAUGAUAAAGCUUUACUUGAUAUUUUUUUAGUUGAUGCUAUUUAGCAAAUUGUAUAACUAUUACCACUUGAAAAAAAAAGUAUUGUAUUAAAAUGAACGGUUAAAGAAUAUAUUAUACUAUUUGUACAGCACAUAAAUAUUUUAAGCUUCUUAUGGAGCAUAAAUUCAUAUGUACUUACCACACUAUAUUAUGGAAGACUUGUUAUUGUACCAAUGUAGAUAGUCACUAUACUUAUGUAAAAUUCUAUCAUUUUUAUAUCACAUUGAGUGAAGGCUAAAAAUAAAUUUAAAUUGUGCUUUA